UCCAGGACCCGCCCCAUCCUCCCGCUCGCGGCGCAGUGGGCGCUGCGGGCUGGAGCCGCGGCUGGCGGCUGCCUGUCCGCGCCGGGUCUGGCCGAGUCUCGCGUCGCCGUGCAGUGCGCCAGGUCUCCGGGAGAUGGCUUCUCCCCUCUCGCCCGCUGCUCCCGCUAUUGUCUCACCUGGGGUUGCCUGACUCUGCGGGCUCGCUCACGCUCUCGGCCUAGAGGACUCCCCGCCCCCGCCCCCCCGCCGCUGCGAGCUGGUCCUCGCGACCUCUCCUGCCUCUUUGCCGCCCCGGGAACCCUGGGGCCGGCGCCCGCCGCGUGCAGCCCGGAGGGGGAGCGGCCCGGGAGGAGGCGGUGCGCGGCCGCCUCGCGUGGGUGCCGGAGCCGCCCGGAGCCGUGGAGCCAGCAGCCCAGGUCGCCGAGCACACGACACGUCGGGUUUUGCAGGAAACCCGCAGUGAGCACAGGGGCCCAGACACCAUGCCACAACCCUGCAGAACUGACAUUGCCAGGAAGUAGAAGACUUCCUUGUUUCCUCUGUCCCCCAUCCUCACCAUGUCUUCGACUCAGGGCAGUGGGGAUCACUGGAAGUCACUGGAGUCUGUGGGCAUCAGCCGCAAAGAGCUGGCCAUGGCCGAAGCCCUGCAGAUGGAGUAUGAUGCUCUGUCCCGGCUUCGGCACGACAAGGAGGAAAGCAGAGCCAAGCAGAGCACAGACCCCUCUCUCAUCAGCUGGGAUGAGCCUGUCCUAGACUUCUACAGCAAGCCAGCGGGAAGGCGGAAGGACCUCAAGCUCUUACGUGGUCUCUCUGGCUCUGACCCUACCCUCAAUUACAACUCGCUCUCCCCACAGGAAGGGCUGCCCAACCACUCUACCUCCCAGGGCUCCCAGCCUGGCCCAGAUCCCUGGCCCAAAGCCUCCCUGGCCGGAGACUAUCUCUACAUUUUUGAUGGUUCAGAUGGGGGGCUCUCUUUGUCCCCAGGACUGGGGGACACAGACGACUCUUUGAAGAAACUGUCCCCACCUCCUCUGCCUCCCCGAGUCUCUAUCUGGGACACUCCUCCCCUGCCUCCCAGAAAGGGGUCCCCCUCAUCCUCCAAGAUCUCCCGGCCCAAUAACAUCAACACUUUUUCUUUGGUCGAACAACCUCCAGGCAAACUGCUGGGGCAUCAGCUCCUAGAAGAGGAAGAGGAGCUGGGAGGUGGGGGUCCAGGGCGCCUACUGGGGUCCAUGGACUACGAUGGUAUUAAUGAUGCCAUUACACGGCUCAACUUGAAGUCAACCUAUGAUGCAGAGAUGCUGCGGGACGCCACCAGGGUCUGGAAGGAGGGCCGGGGACUCCUGAACUUUGGCAAGGACACUCCUGGAAAACCUGUGGCCCGGAGCAAGACCAUGCCCCCUCAGGUGCCCCCCCGCACCUACACCUCCCGCUACGCCAACCGGAAAAAUGGGACAUCUGGCAAGAACCUCCAGAUUUCUGCAGCUCCAGUGGGCUCCCGGCCCCACGCCAUCGCCAAUGGCCAUGAGUUGUUUGAGGUCUCAGAGGAGAGAGAUGAGGAAGUUGCUGCAUUCUGCCACAUGCUGGAUAUCCUCCGAUCUGGCUCUGAUGUCCAAGACUACUCCCUCACUGGGUAUGUCUGGAGCACUGUCACCCCAAGCCCAGAGCACCUCGGGGAUGAGGUUAACCUGAAGGUGACCGUGUUGUGUGACAGCCUGCGGGAGCCGCUCACUUUUACCUGCAACUGUUCCUCCACUGUAGACUUGCUCAUCUACCAGACCCUGUGCUAUACCCAUGAUGAACUGAGGGGUGUCGAUGUGGGUGACUUCGUGCUAAAGCCCUGUGGGCUGGAGGAAUUCCUGCAGAACAAGCACGCCCUGGGCAGCCACGAGUAUAUUCAAUACUGUCGAAAGUUUGACAUCGACAUUCGGCUACAGCUGAUGGAGCAGAAAGCUGUACGCGGUGACCUGGCCCGGACGGUGAAUGAUGACCAGAGCCCCUCCACCUUGAACUACCUCAUCCAUCUGCAAGAGAGGCCGGUCAAGCAGACCAUCAGCAGGCAGGCCCUGAGUCUUCUGUUUGACACUUACCACAAUGAGGUGGAUGCCUUCCUGUUGGCUGAUGGCGACUUUCCACUGAAGGCCGACAGGGUGGUCCAGUCUGUCAAGGCCAUCUGCAACGCCCUAGCCGCUGUGGAAACCCCUGAGAUCACCAACGCUCUCAACCAGCUGCCCCCCUGCCCUUCCCGAAUGAAGCCUAAAAUUCAGAAGGAUCCCACCGUCUUGGCUGUGAGGGAAAACCGAGAGAAGGUUGUGGAAGCCCUGACAGCUGCCAUCUUGGACCUGGUGGAGCUGUACUGCAACACGUUCAAUGCAGACUUCCAGACAGCGGUGCACGGGAGCCACAAGCAUGAUCUGGUCCAGGAGGCCUGCCAUUUUUCUGGGCCCCUGGCCUUUACGGUCUAUGCCACCCACCGCAUCCCCAUCAUCUGGGCUACCAGCUAUGAAGAGUUCUACCUCUCCUGCUCCCUCAGCCAUGGCGGCAAGGAGCUGUGCAGCCCCCUGCGGACCCGAAGGGUUCACUUCUCCAAGUACCUCUUCCACCUCAUCAUCUGGGACCAGCAGAUCUGCUUCCCUGUGCAGGUGAACCGGUUGCCUCGGGAGACCCUGCUGUGUGCCACUCUCUAUGCUCUGCCCAUCCCCCCACCCGGGAGUUCCUCGGAGUCCAAUAAGCAGCGGCGGGUGCCCGAAGCCCUGGGCUGGGUCACUGCUCCGCUCUUCAACUUCAGGCAAGUCCUGACCUGUGGCCGGAAGCUUCUGGGCUUAUGGCCAGCAACACAGGAAAGCCCCAGUACCCGUUGGAGUGCACCUAAUUUCCAUCAGCCAGAUAGUGUCAUCCUGCAGCUGGAAGGGACUUUAGCGAUCACCAAGUCCAACAAGGUUAUUUUACAGACAAAGAAUCUGAGGAUUGACUUUCCCACCUCAGCCUUCGACAUCAAGUUCACCAGCCCCGCUGGAGACAAGUUCAGCCCCCGCUAUGAGUUUGGCAGCCUCCGGGAGGAAGACCAACACGUGCUUAAAAACAUCAUGCAGAAGGAGUCCCUGUACUGCCUUUGCAUUUCUCUGGCCCUGUCACUUUCCAAAAAGGAUCAGGUGUCAAGGCAAGCUGGCAGCUGUCAGGGGCUCACUGAUGCGGACAAAAAGAGCCUGUGGGAGAAGCGGUAUUAUUGCCACUCGGAGGUGAGCUCACUCCCCCUGGUGCUCGCUAGCGCCCCCAGCUGGGAGUGGGCUUGCCUGCCCGACAUCUACGCUCUCCUGAAGCAGUGGACCCACAUGAACCACCAGGAUGCCCUGGGGCUCCUGCAUGCCACGUUCCCAGACCAGGAGGUGCGCCGUAUGGCUGUUCAGUGGAUUGGCUCCCUCUCUGAUGCUGAGCUGUUGGACUACUUGCCCCAGCUCGUGCAGGCCUUAAAGUAUGAGUGCUACCUGGACAGCCCCUUGGUGCGCUUCCUCCUGAAACGAGCUGUCUCUGACUUGAGAGUGACUCACUACUUCUUCUGGUUGCUGAAAGACGGCCUCAAGGACUCUCAGUUCAGCAUCCGCUACCAGUAUCUGCUGGCAGCCUUGCUGUGUUGCUGUGGCAAGGGGCUGAGAGAGGAGUUUAACCGCCAGUGCUGGCUUGUCAGUACCCUGGCCAAGCUGGCCCAGCAGGUCCGGGAGGCUGCCCCGUCUGCACGGCCGGGGAUUCUCCGCACGGGCCUGGAGGAGGUGGGGCAGUUUUUUGCCCUCAAUGGCUCCUGCCGCCUGCCGCUUAGCCCCAGUCUGCUGGUUAAGGGCAUCGUGCCCAGGGACUGUUCCUACUUCAACUCCAAUGCAGUCCCCCUCAAGCUCUCCUUCCAAAAUGUGGAUCCGCUGGGCGAGAACAUCCGUGUCAUCUUCAAGUGUGGGGACGACCUUCGCCAGGACAUGCUGACCCUGCAGAUGAUUCGCAUCAUGAGCAAGAUCUGGGUCCAGGAGGGGCUGGACAUGCGCAUGGUCCUCUUCCGCUGCUUCUCCACUGGCCGUGGGAGAGGGAUGGUAGAGAUGAUCCCCAACUCUGAGACCCUGCGCAAGAUCCAGGUGGAGCACGGGGUGACCGGCUCCUUCAAGGACCGGCCCCUAGCCGACUGGCUGCAGAAGCACAACCCUGGGGAGGACGAGUACGAGAAGGCUGUAGAGAACUUCAUCUAUUCUUGUGCUGGCUGCUGUGUGGCCACGUACGUCUUGGGCAUCUGUGACCGUCACAAUGACAACAUCAUGCUGAAGACGACUGGCCACAUGUUCCACAUAGAUUUUGGCCGUUUCCUGGGCCACGCCCAGAUGUUCGGGAACAUCAAGCGGGACCGUGCCCCCUUUGUCUUCACCUCGGACAUGGCGUAUGUCAUCAACGGGGGUGACAAGCCUUCCAGCCGCUUCCAUGAUUUUGUUGACCUUUGCUGCCAAGCCUACAACCUCAUUCGCAAGCACACCCACCUCUUCCUCAACCUUCUGGGCCUGAUGUUGUCCUGUGGGAUCCCUGAGCUCUCAGACCUGGAAGACCUCAAGUAUGUGUAUGAUGCCCUGAGGCCUCAGGACACAGAGGCCAAUGCCACUACCUACUUCACCAGGUUGAUUGAGUCCAGCCUUGGCAGUGUAGCCACAAAGCUCAAUUUUUUCAUUCAUAACCUGGCUCAGAUGAAGUUCACAGGCUCAGACGACCGGCUGACCCUUUCCUUUGCUCCCCGAACACACACUCUCAAGAGCUCUGGCCGCAUCACUGAUGUAUUUCUCUGCCGCCACGAGAAGAUCUUCCACCCCAACAAAGGCUACAUUUACGUGGUAAAGGUGAUGCGAGAGAAUGCUCACGAGGCCACUUACAUCCAGAGGACGUUUGAGGAGUUCCAGGAGUUACACAAUAAGCUGCGGCUGCUCUUCCCUUCUUCCCUCCUGCCCAGCUUCCCUAGUCGCUUUGUGAUUGGCCGCUCACGGGGAGAGGCGGUGGCGGAGCGGCGGAGAGAGGAGUUAAAUGGCUACAUCUGGCACUUGAUCCACGCAGCCCCUGAGGUGGCCGAGUGUGAUUUGGUGUACACCUUCUUCCACCCCCUGUCCCGGGAUGAGAAGGCUGCGGGCACCAGCCUGGCUCCCAAGUCCUCAGAUGGCACAUGGGCCCGGCCGGUCGGAAAGGUUGGGGGAGAGGUGAAGCUGUCCAUCUCCUACAAAAACAACAAACUCUUCAUCAUGGUGAUGCAUAUUCGGGGCUUGCAACUGCUCCAGGAUGGGAAUGAUCCCGACCCCUAUGUCAAGAUUUACCUCCUUCCUGACCCUCAGAAAACCACUAAGAAGAAAACCAAAGUGGCCCGGAAAACCUGCAACCCCACCUACAAUGAGAUGCUGGUAUAUGAUGGAAUCCCCAAGGGAGACCUCCAGCAGCGGGAGCUACAGCUGAGUGUGCUAAGUGAGCAAGGAUUCUGGGAGAACGUUCUGCUGGGGGAGGUGCACAUCCGCCUGCGAGAGCUGGACCUGACCCAGGAGAAGACUGGCUGGUUCGCACUGGGAUCUCGAAGUCAUGAGACUUUAUGAGCCCAGCGGAGCCGUGGCCCAGGACCCCAGGCUCAUGGCAGAGCUGGAGGAGAGGACUCUCCCUGCUUGACUUGCCCCUUCCUUGUGUAGGGGCAGGGCCCUCGGUGGGGCUUCCCUCUGUCCCGGCGGAUCGGGCCUCCGUGGUAGGAGGCAAGGAGGGUAAAGAUGCUCUCUGCUAUCCGCUCCUCUGCAGACUGCAUUUGGGUUGGUUGUGAUGAGCAGCCCCUUGGAGGCUGUGAGGGUGCAGCAAAGUUUUAAGUUUCCCUUGUGUCAAGGGAGCAAUGCCUGUUUUGAGGUGUGUGGGGUGGGCUGUAGAGGUAGCAUUUGGGGGGAGGGGGGGUGGAUAUCUUUAUUUUUAUUUUUAAAAAAUGAAAUAGUAAUGUUGUCCUAACUGGACAGGAAGCCUUGUGAGAAGGGACUUACAUGUGCCUCAGAAGGCAAAAGAGGAAUUGGACUUUCUGUAUGAUUGAGGUUCUUAUUGGACUUUUCCCUAGGAUUUUGUUUGUUUGUUGUUUUUGCAUUUCUAUCUAUAGGAAUUAUUUGGGGAGGGGCCCAGUGGGCCCUCAGUUAGUGCCCUCCGUCUCUGAGGCAGGUCGGGAGGGACAAGGAGGGCUGUGUGUGCUGGACUGAGGCCUGCGCCACUGGGCCUUUCUGAUUUUGCCUCCAAAGGAGAGCGAUGUGAUACCUACGUGUGUAAGGAAGGGCCUUCCGUAUGGAGGUCUGUAGAGGACGUGUGUUCAGGGACCUGGGCUCUUUUAGGGGGAGUUUUUCCUCUCGUCUUCCCCUAUUUUGCUAGGACUUGCCCUGAAUACUGUCUCCUACCCCUCCAUUCAGCUCUUCCGGGGGUCAUCUGGUCCCUGUGAAUAUGCCUGGGUGCUCCCCCAUAGGUCUCUCCCUUCAUUUUUCUCUGGUGGGAUAAACUGCUGCCUCGGCCCUUAGGUUUGGUUUCACCCCAGGGUGUCUUGGCCCUAGGAAUGGGCCUCUAGGCUGCAGACGCCAGCUUGGCUGGCUGUUGGGUGGUUUCUGGGAAGCUUUCCUCGUCAUCCACCACUCCUUUUGUUUUGCUGCUUCUCUCCCAAACUCCAUUUCUGUCACAUUUUUUUAAUAAGAAUUUCUCUCAUUCUAUGGGGCCAUAAACCUAUUUUGUCUGGAGCCAAAGGGAUGCCCCAGCUGAAGAAAAGGGGUGCAGGUGGGGAAUCCCAUCAAAACUGUUGUUUUUGCCAGUGAUUUUCUUUGGUUGUGAGGAGGCUGGAUUGAGCUGAGCUGGAAGGGAGAGACUGGGUCUCUGAUCUCUUAAUACUCUUCAUUCCCUACCAAAUGGAUUUGAAAUUCACUCGUGCGCUUUACUCCGAAAGGUUGUCUUCCUAGAAAAAAGGAGAGACUUUGAAUUUGAUAUUAACUUUCUAAAUUGGCUGGUUGUGCCCGGUGACUGGGGAAUGGAGUUAAGUGGGGAUACGAUGUGGACUGUCCCUCCCCAGCUCCAAGGAUCAGAAAUUCCCCCUUUCGCUGACUCAUUCCAUAACUAGAGAAAGAAGCUCCAUUCAUUGAAGCCACAGAGCAGCAAGGAAGUUGAAACUUUUAAAUUUAAAAUGUAAAGGAUAAAGCUGGCUGCUGUGGGCAGGGGUUAGGGGAGUGGAGAACAGAGGUGGAACUUCUCUAGAUGAAUGGACCAGAGAUGUGUUACUGGCUUUUUGCCUGUAGCUCAUUUUACUUUGACCCUCUAUGCCCCUGUUAAAGAGAGAGGUCUGUGUACUGUACCCACAUCCCAGACAUCCUUUUUCUCCUACUUUCUCUGGAAUUGUAUUUUCUAAUAAAUGAUGUUUAGAAAAACAAAA